CACUCUUCGAUCCCCCUCCAUUCACGAGAGACGAUCACAAGAGGUAUCACUCUGAGCAUCUUCCUGGAAAGGUUUUGAAAACAAACAAAAAGAACCGAGCUGAAACUACAUUUAGCUCACCCAUGCAUCAAUAUAACUCGGGUCUCUGUGUGCCGUCUGCUGCCUGCAUUACUGGGCAACUGGAUAGCAUCAUGGUGGACAGAAGGAGUGUGAGAGAGAGAGAGAGAUGGAGGGGGCUGUGGUUAGUUGCCAUUUGGGAAAAAUAAAUCAGGAAAGAAGACGCCUGAGGAAAAGCACCGCUAAGGAAAAACACAGACAUCUACGAGGCUUUCUAUUGUCUCAGCAUGACUGUCACAUAUUCCAGUCAAGUAGCCAACGCCACCUUCUUUGGUUUCCACCGGCUGCUGCUGCGCUGGAGAGGAAGCAUCUACAAGCUGCUGUAUCGAGAUGAAGUGUUUUUUUCUUGUUGGCUGAGAUGUCUGUGUCCUCUGUCCUCCAGGUUCUUCCUCAGUGACUAUCAGAAGAGACUAUUUGAGAAACUUUCUCUUUACUGUGACCAAUAUGCAGCGCAAAUUCCUGUCACCUUCGUCCUGGGUUUUUAUGUGACUCUGGUGGUGAAUCGAUGGUGGAAUCAAUUUGUUAACCUGCCCUGGCCUGACAGACUCAUGCUCCCUAUCUCCAGCUGUGUUAAAGGUAAAGAUGAACAUGGCCGCCUGCUGCGCCGGACCCUAAUGCGUUACACUAACCUGACGGCGCUCCUCAUUUUCCGCUCUGUCAGCAAUGCUGUGUGCAAGCGAUUCCCAACCAUGGACCAUGUGGUCGAGGCAGGCUUCAUGACUCCAGAGGAGAGGAAGGUGUUUGACAACAUCCGCUCUCCUCACCUGAAGUACUGGAUCCCUGCAGUCUGGUUCUGCAACCUGGCGGCUAAAGCUCGGCAGGAAGGACGCAUCGAAGACAGCAUCGAGCUGCACAUGCUUCUCAAAGAGAUGAACGCUCUCAGGGCUUGGUGCUUGACUCUCUUCGGCUACAACUGGGUCAGCGUCCCUCUGGUGUACACGCAGGUCGUCACUCUUGCCGUCUACACUUUCUUCUUCGCUUGUCUGAUUGGUCGACAGUUCCUUGACCCCGCCCAGGGCUACCCAGGUCACGAUCUCGACCUUUACAUCCCUGUCUUCACCCUUCUGCAGUUCUUCUUCUAUGCUGGCUGGCUGAAGGUAGCAGAGCAGCUGAUCAACCCGUUUGGAGAGGACGAUGAUGACUUUGAAGUUAACUGGGUCAUCGACCGGGGCCUUCAGGUGUCUAUGCUGGCUGUAGAUGAAAUGCACAUGAAUCUGCCUCAUAUGACCAAAGACAUCUACUGGAAUGACAGCGACGCUCGGCCACCGUACACCCUGGCUGCUGCCGACUACUGCAUCCCAUCAUUCCUUGGCUCCACCACUGACAUGGGACUCUCUGACAUCCUCCAGUUGGACGAGACCGACAUUAGCGACACUAAUCUACGACGGCAUAGCACGAUUACACCUCGGCGCAAAGAAUCGGUUCUUGGUCGUGUGAGGCGGGUGCUCAGCGUUCAGGACCCUCCUGGCCUCCGAGCUUCUCAACACAUCUUCAAACGGCACAGUGGUUACGUAGAAGAGAGCUUCAUCCCAGACAACAGUAAUUUCAGUCCCUCCAGGGUCAGUCUGGGUCCAGAGGACGUUCCUCCUCUUUCCAUGGACACCUUAUCCACCUUAAAGGAGGUUAACAGUGACCCUGCCUCCCAUGAAACCUUGCCAUCUCCUGUUUCCCCCCAGCUCGCUGUCAGCCCAUCGUUGUUCAGUGAUGUCCGUCACAAUGGGGAUUCUUCUGGCAAUGGUGAAACAGCAAAACCUCAGAACAGGCUGGAGCCUCUGCCCACCGAGGAGGCACCGUGCUCAGAAACAGCAAAGCCCAGGCCUUCAAUCACUCAACUGGGACCUAAGGAGUUUUGCUGGGUGCCCUUCAGUGCCUUGAACCGCCCACAAACCCAGCCACGGUGUCGCCAUUUCUCCAUCCAGUUCACUAGGAAGAUGUCAAAGAGAUCAACCCCCAGCCCACCAAGCUCCAAGGACCUGGGGAGUCAGAGGAAAUACCUAGCUCAUUUCCAGUCCCUGCGAUCACCUAGUCCCGGUACUGACACUCUGCAGCUUCCUGACCUGGAGUGUGGCGUUGAUGUUGAGGAUACGGCAGGGAGAGAGGAUCAGACGAUACAAGAAACCAGUAAAGAGACCCAAAAACACUGACUCCCAGUCGCAGAGUUUAGAAAAGAAACCACUCAGACAGUAAGUUAACACCAAUGAAACCAAGCAGAGCCAGUCUCAGAACUACAAUAGUAAUGACAGUACCCAACCUGAGCAGUCGCCACUUUGACUAAGAGGAAAGCUCAAUGUUGCUUAAUUUGUUGUUUUGAUCCAACAAAUGCUUCGACAGUUUGGCACUCCAGCUUCUGUUUGGGUUUAUCGCUUGUUGUCAGCUUUGUCACAAGAGACAAACUCCUACUGCAGGGUGUGACACCAAAGGAUAGAAAAGCACCCUAAUAGUAAAAAUAAAAUAUGAUCUUUUAAGCUGGGAAAGCUUAAUAAAUUACACUGAUGCCAUGUGAGAUUUUAAGAUAUUAAAUGGCAUUGCUCCAGUGGUACUCUCCAAAUAUGAGAGCCACUAGUGGUCACAUGUGAGCUGCAUCAUACCUUCAGGUAAAAGUCCGUUUGGUCAGUCUGCUUUUUCUUAUGAUGUCAAACACAGCUGCAAUAUGUUACCGGUGGGCAUUAGAAGAUUAACAACAUAAGGGAUUUUCACUAAAAAACUGCAAGUCUGCUUAUUGGAAAAACAAAAAUGUCAACAUUAUAUCUAACUGUCCUUGUGCAGUUGUUGUGUAUUUUUUGUGUCUGGUUGCAGCAUGUGCUUACUUUGCUCUCUUGGGCACAAGUUUUGUUGGUGAACAUACUCUAGAUAGUUUUAUAUUUUUCUGACUAGUGUCUAAAUUAUGUGUAGUUAUUUAUGUAUUGUAAUUUGUGUAUUUGUCUGUAUUUUUCCUUUUAGUAAUAUUUUAGACCUUUUUUUGUACUUGUUUUAAUUGUAUAACAUGUAUGACUUUCGGAUGAAAGUUAGCUUCCUGGCUAAAUAUGACACAUAUACUGUAUAUAUUUGAUGUUAAUUAAUGUGUAUUUGUCCCUGGCAAAUAAACUAAUAAAGAAAGAAAUAAUAACUAACUCUUGAGCUCAAAACAUGGAAACUGGGCAAAGGUGCAAAGAGCAUGUCACAACCACCAUCAUGUCUGUAAGGGUGCCCCACUUUAUUAUUCACUAUUACUUAAUAUUUUCUUAAUGAGAGAGCGGCUGUCAGUGCACGUCAAGCAAUGUGAAAUUAGCUGCAGAGAGCUGAACCUGUUGUGGAAAAAUGUGCUGACUUUGUAUUUCCAGGUAAAAAUCUGGGCCUUCCCAUUCACUCCAAUACAAUCAGAGGUUUCCUGGAAGUGAUCUAGUGGCCGUGAGGAGAACUUCAACUUUAGCACUGGCUCCGGGACUCAACUGUGGUGGCUGCUGAUUAGCUAAAGUACUGGUGCUCAGGAUCACUGAGUGGACUUUAAAGGUUUCUAGAAACUCCUUUCUAGAAUACAAUCGUGUGCCUUCAUGGGAUGACUAUUAUUGUUUUGUAAAUGUAACUGACAUAAUGAAUA